AUGUCUUCAUCUACUGAAACACAACAAUAUACAACAGAAGAUACAAUUCUCACUACUAAUCAUGAUGCGGACUCUCCAAAUACGAAUAUUACUCGUGUUGUGGUAAUUGCUAUUGAUCAAUCAAACUAUAGUCAAUUUGCAUUUGAUUGGGCUGUAAAGAACUUUUUGAGAAAAGAAUCUGAUUUGGUUGUAUUAGUAAAUGUUCGACCAAUUCCAAUGACUCCUGGUCCUUAUAUGGAUUUCAGUGAAAUUAUUAAAACUUUAGAAGAUCAGCAAAGACAAGAGACAAUAGCUAUGCGAGGAGAUGCUCGUGAUGAAAUUGUUCGAAAAGUUUCUGAAUUAAAUGCUGAUGGUUUAAUUCUUGGAUCUCGUGGUCUAGGAGCCAUAAAACGAAUGUUACUCGGCUCUGUGAGUGAUCAUUGCAUUCAUAAUUGUCAUUGUACUGUAAUCAUUGUUAGGGAACAGUUGGAUAAAAAGUCAACAUAA